UGCAAUUGGCUUUCAGCUCCAGCCUCUGUUAUGUUUCUUCGGGCUAGGAAUCAAAUCGAGGAAUGAAAACCGAAAGUGACGAGAGUGGGGGUGGUGAUGGAUGGGUGCCGCUUUAUAAAGGAGGGCGACCGUGCGGCUGAUCAGACGCAGCAAGAGGACCUUUACAACCAAUCCGGCCGGUAGACGGAGCGAUCUGUUUGCCUUUAGUGACAUUUUGAUUGUUUCGUUUCAGUGCUGUCGCCAUCGCCAGGCGAGGCAGGAGUGAGGUGGGCAGAAACAAAACAAGUGAAGGUCGGAUCGUCCCUGUGGGCAAUACCUGUUAGUAAUUUUGUUUCAGAAGACAAGUGGACUAUCUGCCGACCAGGGAAGACAAGGCUUAAGUGCAUUUUCAUUCAAGUUUAACACUGCAGUGAUGCAAAAGAUUUCAGUUUAUCGGGACACCAGUUUAACCUUCGCCUUUCCGAGCAAGCUACUUCAAAUGGAUCCAGGACACAGGUGGAGGGGUCAAGAAGUUGAAAUGGACAAUCCAUUGAGGAGGACAGCUACAGCAGAACAGCCAAGACGAAAUCCUAGGAGAGGGGAUGCCUCUGCAGAACGGGCUUUACCGCAAGGACAUCACUAUAAUAGGAACCAGAGAAACACCGCAGGACCACCAGACUGGAGAGGUGCACAGCAUCCCAGGAGAGCACUUUCAACACCCAGGCCAGGGGAGUUGCUCCCAAAUGGAGAGUUUGCAGAAAGGAACCAAGAUCGUAACUUUACUCCCAAUCCCAGGCAAAAUGAUGCCAGAACUAACCGAAACACAGCUGGUAGAGUUCCCGGUGUUCAAGGCAAUCGUCAAGCCCCCCAGCAGGGUAAAAGGGAUCAUCAGCACAAUGAACGUAGACGUGAACCAUGGAGAAGGAACGACCUUUCUGAAGGAGGCAGAGAAAGGCAGGCAGAACUGCAAGGUAAUCCGCACUUUCAGAAAAGGAGAUCUCAUGAAGAGCAUGUGAAGGACAAAGAACACAGUGUGAGAAGAUUGGGUUAUAAAACACUGGAGAACCUUUUGGAUAAAGAGCCAUCUGAAAUUGUUAUAACAUUAGCUUGCAGCUCUGGCCUGAAAGAAUUAUUAAACCAACAAUUAAACAUAGGUUUCAUCCAACUCAUUUGUAAAGUUUUGUGCAAGGCUUGUCGGUCUAAGACUGAUCGUCAGAGCAUUCAGCACCUCCUGGGUAUGGUAAAGGACUCUCAGUUUCUGAAAGUUCAGUUGCCUCACUAUGUGGUUCAGAUGAGUACGGAUUCGGUGCCUUCCCGUAGAGGGCAGUACCCUGAAUAUAUUGAAAGAAUUCUGUUCUUGCUUCAGGAAUUAGUAAGCGUCUUUCCGGCCAGUUCAGUUCAAGAGGUGUCCAUGGUAAUUUUGGUAUUGGAUCCUACUGUGAAUACCCUACGGGCUGCUGGAGUUUCAAUUGGUGAGGAGAUUGAAAAUAGUAUGGAAAAGGUAAAAAAUAUAAUUCAACACCUACAGCAGAGAAAGCGAGAUGGAACUCUCAAAAACGAUACCCUUAUGUUGCUAGACAAUAAAGAAACUAAUCCUGAAGACAACUACAGAACAAUGACCAUCUAUCCUACAUACAACGAAGUGCAUCUCGAAGAGAAGCCAUUUCUGCGACCUAAUCUCAUUACUGAAAAGUAUGCAAAUGCUGAGGUGUACCUCGACACCCAUUUUCGUCUUCUAAGAGAAGACUUCGUGAGACCUUUGAGAGAAGGUAUCUUAGACUUGCUUCAUAAUUAUGAUGGCAAGGGCCUGAGAAGGAAAAAAUUUGAUGACAUCAGAGUAUAUUUCAAUACCCGCAUCUUAGUCCCCCUGUGCACAGCUAGUGGUGUUGGGUAUAAAGUCCAGUUCGACACACAGCCAUUGAAGUUUGUCCGGUGGCAAAACUCAAAGCGUCUGCUGUAUGGUUCACUUGUGUGUAUGUCAAAAGAUAAUUUUGAGACUUUACUCUUUGCAACAGUGUCAGAUAGAGAUCCUAAGAAACUCAAAGAAGGUAUUGUCUAUCUGUCCUUCAAUGUGCAAAGCCGACCUCUGCUAGCUGAGGUAGAACCUUCAGAUUGUUUCUUGAUGGUGGAAACAACAGCAUAUUUUGAAGCCUACCGUCAUGUUCUAGAAGGACUACAGGAGAUACAAGGAGAAGAUAUUCCUUUCCAGAAGUAUAUUGUAGAAUGUAACACAGAUAUCCAAGCCCCAACAUACUUGAAUCUGCAUAGCUGCUAUGACCUUGAACCACUAAUGAAGGAACAAUCAAAAAACUCUGAGGAAUCGACCAAACACCUAUAUGAAUUUUUGCUGAGGAAAACCAAAAUCAACGUCCUCAAUCAUGCAUCAUGGCCUUCGAAGGAAGAGCUGAACUUGGAUGAGUCACAGGUGAAAGCUCUGAAGAUGGCACUGACAAAGGAACUGGCCAUCAUACAAGGACCUCCUGGAACAGGAAAAACCUAUGUAGGAUUAAAAAUUGUGCAAGCACUCCUACAUAAUGAGCAAAUUUGGCAAACAGAUUUGCAGAAGUCUCCAAUUUUGGUGGUGUGCUACACAAACCAUGCACUCGACCAGUUUCUUGAAGGAAUCUAUGGAUUUUUGCACACUGGUCUGGUCAGAGUGGGCGGAAGGAGUAACAGCGAACUACUGAAAAGAUUCACCCUGAAGGAACUGAGGAACACCAGGGAUUUUAGAAAAAAACUCCCUCAGCACCUGCGUGGAGCCUAUUUUGAAGUAACCAAUCAGAUGAGAGAGUCUGAGCAAAAAAUUUGCACUGCAGCAAGACACUUGGAGUGCACAACACAAGGAGUUCUUCAUGAACAGUAUUUGGAAAAAUACAUUUCACCAGAGCACUGGAACAGCUUACAGAGUGGACUGAUUUUUGAUAAUAUUCCAUUGCCUGGAGGAAGGCAUUCAUUAAUCUUAGAGUGGUUGGGUCUUGGCUUCAUGGGUGUGACUGAAAUUCCUGGAAUAUCACCUCUGAACAUGGAAAAUGCAGACGAACAGGAAGAUGAAGAUAAAGAGGAAGAAGAAGAAGAAGAGUUGAUUCAUAUCCCUGAGGAAGCAGAGCUCAUUCAGGCAGAGAGAGUCAUUGAUGGCAAUGAGCUAAAAAUGAGGACCAGGAAGAAAGAAGACGCUGAUAUUGCUGAACUGGCAAACACAUUGCUAGCAAUUAAUCUUAACCAAGGAACUCAGGCAGCACUCCCAAUGAAAGAAGAAGGCUGGCAGCAACCGCGUGCACAGAAGAAGAAAAUGAAAAAGAAAGCACGGGGGGAAUUGCAGAAUGGUGGUGUUAUGAGUGCAGCGGAAGAGAAAACAAUUUCCAAUAUCUGGCUGCUUCCUCUCAAGGACCGAUGGCGCCUGUACAGGUUGUGGUCAUCCAUGUAUCAGAUGGAUAUAAGGCGGAGGAUAAUUCAGCACGAGCAGCUUUACCAAGCAGCAGCUGACAGACUGACUGAGUUGAGGUUACAAGAAGACCUCUGGGUUCUGAAGGAAGCUAAAGUUGUUGGAAUGACAACCACAGGUGCAGCUAAAUACAGGAAGGUUCUGCAGGAAGUACAGCCCCGCAUUGUGGUGGUAGAAGAAGCAGCUGAGGUUCUGGAAGCCCAUUUAAUAACAACACUCAGCAUUGCCUGCCAACAUCUCAUUCUCAUUGGAGACCAUCAACAGCUUCGUCCCAGUGCAACAGUGUAUGAUCUAGCCAGAAACUUCUCCUUGGAAGUUUCUUUAUUUGAAAGACUCGUAAAAGUGAACGUUCCAUUUGUACGGCUGGAUUAUCAGCAUCGCAUGAGACCAGAAAUUGCUGAGCUUUUAACUCCUCACAUCUAUGAGCAGCUGGAGAAUCACCCAUCUGUAAUGAAUUAUGAAAACAUUAAGGGAAUUUCAACAAAUCUGUUCUUUGUAGAACAUGAUUUCCCCGAAGAGGAAAUCCGGGAAGGCAAAAGCCAUCAAAAUCAGCACGAAGCUGCCUUUGUUGUCGCACUGUGUCAUUACCUCAUCUGUCAGGACUACUCACCUUCUCAGAUCACGAUCCUCACCACCUAUACAGGGCAGCUCUUCUGUCUGCGCAAAAUGAUGCCUUCUGAGAAGUAUGCUGGUGUGAAGGUUCACGUGGUCGACAAAUAUCAGGGAGAGGAGAAUGACAUUAUCCUGCUUUCUCUGGUGAGAAGCAAUGAAUCAGGCAAAAUUGGAUUUUUGCAAAUAGCAAACAGAGUCUGUGUGGCACUAUCAAGAGCCAAGAAAGGUCUUUACUGCAUAGGAAACAUGAGCAUUCUCGCAAAUGUUCCUCUGUGGAGCAAGAUCAUGCAUACCUUGCAUGCAAGAGGCAAUAUUGGUCGCUCACUGUUGCUGUCUUGCCAGAACCACCCAAAAACAACGACCUUUGUGUCCAAAAAGGACGAUUUCAGUAAAGUGCCCGAGGGAGGCUGCAGUCUGCCGUGUGAGUACAGGCUGGACUGUGGUCACGUGUGCACAAGAGCAUGUCAUCCGUAUGAUGUGGACCACAAGAAAUUUAAUUGUUUGAAACCGUGUCAGAAAGUGAUUUGUGAUGCUGGGCAUAGAUGUACAAAGCUAUGUUAUGAGAGGUGUGGCAAGUGUCAGGUAAAGGUAGAUAAAAUAAUUCCUAAAUGUGGACAUUUGCAGAAGGUGCCUUGUUCUAAGAACCCAGCAGAGUUUUGCUGCAAUGAACCCUGUUCAAAAAUACUAUACUGUGGCCAUAAUUGUGCUGCAACUUGUGGACAAAAUUGUGGAACGUGCAAGAAGAAAGUCGAGAUAACUCUAAAGUGUGGUCAUGUCCAGCAAGUAGAAUGUUACAUAAAAGAAGCUGCAAAGAUUGGAAACUGUGUUCCUUGCAAACAAAAAUGUCGUGCCCUCUUGGACUGUUAUCAUAACUGUCCUGGGUCUUGUCAUCUUUGCUAUGAGGGUCGCUUCCAUGAGAGUUGCAAACAACCAUGCAAACGUUUGCUGAUCUGUUCCCAUGAGUGUUUGGAGCCCUGCACAAACCAGUGCCCUCCAUGUCAGAGGCGCUGUGAAAACCUAUGCAAGCACAGUAAAUGUGGGAGAAAGUGUGGAGACCUGUGUACUCCUUGUGUGGAGCCUUGUGAGUGGGCAUGUAAGCAUUAUAAAUGUCAAAAGCUCUGCUCGGAGCCAUGUGACAGACAACCUUGCAAUGAGCCUUGCAAGAAAUUGCUGAAAUGUCGGCAUCCUUGUGUCGGACUCUGUGGUGAACCUUGUCCGGAUAAAUGUCGCGUGUGUCACCGUGAUGAUCUCACUGAUAUUUUCUUCGGAACUGAAGAAGAACCUGAUGCUAGGUUUGUUCAACUCGAAGACUGUCACCAUAUUUUUGAGGUGACUGGUUUUGACCGUUACAUGAAUGAGGAGAACGAAAGCAGUGAUAUGAUUAUAAAGCUAAAAGACUGCCCAAGGUGCCGAACGCCCAUUAGGAAGAGUCUGCGUUAUGGAGCAAUAAUAAAAAAGAGCCUCUGUGAAAUUGAAAAAGUAAAGAAGUUGGUCCUUGGGGAUGUAAAAAAAAUGAAGCAAUCGGCAAAAGAUUUACUAUUUCUAUUGAACACGCACUCUAUCAUAGCCCAACAGUUUCCAGAUCUGCAUGAUGACUUGUUCUGCUCAUUGAAGUCACCUGCCUUGUCACUAUCCAGUCUGACUGUUAUUGAAAAUAAAAUUGCAUUUAUUUCUAGGCUUGCUGAACUUAAAAGUCAAGAAGUGAAAUUCCAUUAUACCAUGAAGGCAAAAUUUAAUACUAAGUUAUAUGAGUGUCUGAAAUGGAUAAAUAAACAUCGAGAGAGAUUUACAGAACAGGAACUUAAAGACUUGCAAAGUGAAAUUCAAAGGCUUACGUUCCUUGUUGACCUUUAUGUUCGGUACAAUAAGGCAUCAGGCAAAAAACUGGACUCUUCAACAGAACAGACUGUUGCAUGUGUGCAGCAAAUCCUCGAAGGCACAAAGAAAUUCACUGAAGGAGAUGAAAAGGUUGUUAAAGAAAACAUGGAAAAAUUGAAGUUGGCUCUGCCUGAAACUGGUCUUGGUAUAUCUGACACAGAGAGAGUAAUGAUAGUCAAGGCAAUGGGCCUUCGUCAAGGCCACUGGUACAAGUGUCCAAAUGGACAUGUCUAUGUUAUCACAGAAUGUGGAGGUGCAAUGGAAAUAACCAAGUGCCCAGAUUGUGAUGCAAUGAUUGGGGGUAGCAACCAUACUUUGGAACGUAGCAACCAAGUGGCUACAGAGAUGGAUGGAGCUCAGUUUGCUGUCUGGUCAGAUACUGCAAACAAUAUGUUGAAUUAUGGAGACCUUGCAGAAUUUUUAAGACAAUGAGCUGGAGUGCUCAUUCAUUCCUAUGCAUAAAAUCUUAUACUGUUUACAUUAAUCUUUUGGUAGCUUUAGCUAAACUCUGAUGAUCCUGUUGCAACGCAUGAUCAUCAGGCUUCAUUUUUUUUCAGGGGCUGUGCCCUCUGUUUUAUCCUUUGCAAAUGCAAGGCAAAAUGAAUAAGGCUGAAUUAUGGUGUGGUAUGUUUUAGUUUAAGUUCAUAUUAUGUAUCUUAAAACAGUUUUGUUUUAGAAUAAUUGAAGAUCAGUCACGUAUUUAAAAUGCAUUUAAUCCAAAAUUAAUUUGAGGUUUGUAUGUAUUACAAUCAAUGCCCUUUGUAAACCCCAAACCAAGUCAGGAAUGGGUGGACUUCCUAUUAUUAAUUGCUUGUUCACAUUAUUCUCUAAUUUUAUAGUUUGCUUCUACUUGUCAUUAAAAUGGGGCAUUUAUGGUUUUAUUUUCCUCUGGAAGGUAAUCUACUAGUUUAUUGCAAAAGUGCACAUUUGGAAAUGUCUAUAACGAGAAGGACUCAGUUUGUAUAGUUGAUUUUAUCCUUUACAAAUUAAUGUCACUGUCCCUCCAACUGAUGCUAAAAUUGCAGUCAUCAACCACAGGGACCAGGAAAUACUCAGGAAAUUUCCAUUUAAAUAUAGGCAUAAUCCUAAGUAGGGUUGGGGCUUUCGGAGUAGCCUGGGGAAACCCAAGUCAGGAGAAGCCAUGCUCCUGCCAGUCAGUGGGACAUUUGGAUAGCAUACUCCAGGCCAAACCCCACUCCCCCCCACUUCACCUAGAAGUAGGUGAAAUGAAUCCAUUAGUCAAUGGGAUGGCAAGGAAACAAUGUGGUUGUGCUGUGAACCCUCAAAGACAAAAUAUCUUUUCUCAUCUAAAUUUUAAUUUGGCUUUUUUUUACAGGCAAGUUUCAUCCUGUUUUGUACACAUCUGUGAUAAUGAACAGCUUCUAAGCAGAGGAUUUUUUUCAUGAAAAAUCAUAAAGAUUAGCAUAUCAAAAGAAUAGAAAUUGGGUACACCAGGAGGGUCCAAGCUUUGUGGAGUUGUAGGUUGUUUUGGUGCAAAUAACAGACCAAUAUUUCUACAAACUUUUUUUGCACACUCCUUAAGUCCAUCUAGAGUGUGUGGAAGGCCAAAGAUUGCGGGGCAGAGUUGCCUAAUACCUCACACUUGCCUCAUGGUUGAUUAGCUGAGGUCUGCAGUAGGUGCAUCCUGAUGUUUGAUCUAGGAGUAAUAGCCCAAGGCUUUAUCAAGUUAAUCAAAUUAAAUAAUAUUAAAUAUGUAAGCAGUAGGCAUUAAUCCAGUUGAUGAGGUAAUUAUGGCAAGAACUGCACUAUCGAAGCCUUCAGACACAUUAAAUGGAAACUGGACAAACAGUGAUUUGGGAAAUAAGCAUAUAUUGAAGUGUUGGCACAUUUCCAGAGUUUGAACAUUGUUGUUUGUACACCCUGGGACAUGGUUUCCUUUCAAAAGGAUGGCUGUCAUUGUGACAAGUGAGUUCUAAUGAUAAACUAUUCAGAUGACAUACUGCAGAGGCAAAACUGUAGGAAAAUAAUUAUCUUUUGUCAAUGUUAACCUUGUUCCCAGAGAAAGUGAAGGAUUUGCUGUGUUUUUUUUAUUGUGUGGCUGUAUGAAUGAUUUCUAAUCACUUUUUUUGUGGUUUUAAUAGAAGGUUAUUAAAUUUUGGCAGAUUUUGUUAGAAACCUGAAAGCUGUUUGUCACAUUAAGCCAUUAAUUACAGCAUUGCCUGUAACAAAUAUUCAAUGCAUUUGAAUAGAUUGUCUCUCAAAAACUGUAACCAAAUAAAAUGUCUUUA